AUGAAUACAGACAAUGGUAACCCAGCAUAUAAAGCCCAUGGUAACCCAAUGGAUACAGCUCAUGGUAACCCAACAUAUACAGCCCAUAGUAACCCAAUGGAUACAGCCCAUGGUAACCCAACAUAUACAGCCCAUGGUAACUCAACAUAUACAGCCCAUGGUAACCCAAGGUAUACAGCCCAUGGUAACCCAACAUAUACAGCCCAUGGUAACCCAACAUAUACAGUCCAUGGUAACCCAAUGGAUACAGCCCAUGGUAACCCAACAUAUACAGCCCAUGGUAACCCAACAUAUACAGUCCAUGGUAACCCAAUGGAUACAGCCCAUGGUAACCCAACAUAUACAGCCAAUGGUAACCCGAUGGAUACAGCCCAUGUUAACCCAACAUAUACAGCCCAUGGUAACCCAACAUAUACAGUCCAUGGUAACCCAAUGGAUACAGCCCAUGGUAACCCAACAUAUACAGCCCAUGGUAACCCAACAUAUACAGUCCAUGGUAACCCAAUGGAUACAGCCCAUGGUAACCCAACAUAUACAGCCAAUGGUAACCCAAUGGAUACAGCCCAUGUUAACCCAACAUAUACAGCCCAUGGUAACUCAAUGGAUACAGCCCAUGGUAACCCAACAUAUACAGCCCAUGGUAACUCAACAUAUACAGCCCAUGUCCAUGGUAACCCAAUGGAUACAGCCCAUGGUAACCCAACAUAUACAGCCAAUGGUAACCCAAUGGAUACAGCCCAUGUUAACCCAACAUAUACAGCCCAUGGUAACCCAAUGGAUACAGCCCAUGGUAACUCAACAUAUACAACCCAUGGUAACCCAACAUAUACAGCCCAUGGUAACCCAAUGGAUACAGCCCAUGGUAACCCAACAUAUACAGCCCAUGGUAACCCAUCAUAUACAACCCAUGGUAACCCAACAUAUACAGUCCAUGGUAACCCAAUGGAUACAGCCCAUGGUAACCCAACAUAUACAGCCCAUGGUAACCCAUCAUAUACAACCCAUAGUAACCCAACAUAUACAGUCCAUGGUAACCCAAUGGAUACAGCCCAUGGUAACCCAACAUAUACAGCCCAUGGUAACCCAACAUAUACAGUCCAUGGUAACCCAAUGGAUACAGCCCAUGGUAACCCAACAUAUAUAGCCAAUGGUAACCCAAUGGAUACAGCCCAUGUUAACCCAACAUAUACAGCCCAUGGUAACCCAAUGGAUACAGCCCAUGGUAACUCAACAUAUACAACCCAUGGUAACCCAACAUAUACAGCCCAUGGUAACCCAAUGGAUACAGCCCAUGGUAACCCAACAUAUACAGCCCAUGGUAACCCAACAUAUACAACCCAUG